CCGUACUUCUCUCCCAUUCCUUUUAUGUCGCUUUGCAUAUAUGGAGAAUAUUUAUUUAUAUUCAUCAAUCAAUAACAGGGCCAUCUCAGCUGCUUCAUUUCCAUACCUUCUUCCUCCGUCUGUUUUUGUAUUUCGGCUAAACUCAGCACACAAAUCAAGAAACACCCACCCCACCCAUCCCUCGCAUACCCACAUCAUCAUCAUUUUUCUCAAUGAGUGUGAUCUGUAGAUAUUGAUGUCGACCCGCACACGCAAACUCGUCAUGUAUAUAAACUCACCCUCUUCUUCUGCAGCCGCAACUUCACUCCUACGAGCUUCAUCUUCCGCCUUGUUCCGCCCUCGUUUUUUCACCACAGCUUCCCCUCUUCACAGACCCACCAGGAACCACCCGCCGCCUUUGUUUCGCCAGCAGCAGCAUCGGUCGCUGAGCUUCUCGCCCGCUCUGCGGUCGAUCCGUUCAUCCGGUUGGAGUCACGGCAUCGGUUGGAAGUCCCCUGCUAGCCUUUCUGCCCAGAUCAGGAUUGCCUCCCCCAUUCUCAGCGAGUUCCAUCGGAAGAUCGCUUCUAUGGCAUCCGAAAAUCCGUUCAAAGGCAUCCUUACCAGUCUCCCCAAACCAGGAGGUGGUGAGUUCGGAAAGUUUUACAGCCUGCCUGCUCUCAAUGAUCCACGGAUAGAUAAGCUGCCCUACUCUAUUAGGAUACUUCUUGAAUCUGCAAUUCGUAAUUGUGACAACUUUCAAGUGAAGAAGGAAGAUGUUGAAAAAAUAAUUGACUGGGAAAGCUCUGCUCCUAAGCUGGUCGAGAUACCCUUCAAGCCAGCGCGUGUGUUAUUGCAAGACUUUACUGGUGUCCCGGCAGUGGUAGACCUAGCUUGUAUGCGUGAUGCUAUGAACAAUCUUGGAAGUGAUUCUGACAAGAUCAAUCCCCUGGUCCCCGUAGACCUAGUUAUUGAUCAUUCUGUUCAAGUUGAUGUUGCAAGGACAGAAAAUGCAGUACAGGCUAAUAUGCAGCUUGAGUUCCAGCGAAACAAGGAAAGGUUUGCGUUUCUUAAAUGGGGGUCUAAUGCUUUCCGCAACAUGCUUGUGGUUCCUCCUGGUUCAGGAAUUGUACAUCAGGUGAACUUAGAGUAUCUUGGACGGGUUGUGUUCAACACUGAUGGCUUACUUUAUCCUGAUAGUGUGGUGGGAACUGAUUCCCAUACCACCAUGAUUGAUGGCCUUGGAGUUGCAGGCUGGGGUGUUGGAGGUAUUGAAGCAGAAGCAGCAAUGCUUGGUCAGCCAAUGAGUAUGGUCUUGCCUGGAGUUGUUGGUUUUCAGUUAACCGGGAAGUUGCGCAAUGGUGUCACAGCCACAGAUUUAGUUUUGACCGUAACCCAAAUGCUCAGGAAGCACGGAGUUGUUGGAAAGUUUGUUGAAUUCCAUGGUCAUGGUGUCGGUCAAUUAUCAUUAGCUGACAGAGCAACUAUUGCUAACAUGUCUCCUGAAUAUGGUGCAACUAUGGGAUUCUUCCCCGUAGAUCAUGUUACAUUGCAAUAUCUCAAAUUGACUGGGAGAAGUGAUGAGACUGUUGCCAUGAUUGAGGCGUAUCUUCGUGCAAACAAUAUGUUUGUUGAUUAUAAUGAGCCUCAACAGGAAAGAAAGUAUUCAUCAUCAUUGCAACUAGACCUUGAAGGUGUUGAACCAUGUUUGUCAGGGCCAAAAAGACCACAUGAUCGUGUCGCUCUCAAGGAGAUGAAGUCUGACUGGCAUUCCUGCCUUGAUAACAAAGUGGGAUUCAAGGGAUUCGCUGUGCCAAAGGAGGCACAGGAAAAGGUGGCAAAAUUUUCUUUCCAUGGUCAGCCUGCGGAGCUGAAACAUGGCAGCGUUGUAAUUGCUGCCAUCACAAGUUGCACUAAUACAUCGAAUCCAAGUGUUAUGCUAGGAGCUGGACUUGUGGCUAAAAAAGCCUCUGAGUUGGGUCUACAUGUAAAACCAUGGAUAAAAACCAGUCUUGCCCCAGGAUCUGGAGUUGUGACAAAAUACUUACUCCAAAGUGGGCUGCAGGAGUAUCUAAAUAAGCAAGGUUUCAAUAUUGUUGGAUAUGGGUGCACAACAUGUAUUGGCAAUUCUGGUGAUUUAGAUGAAUCAGUUGGUUCUGCCAUAUCUGAAAACGACAUUGUUGCGGCUGCUGUACUUUCUGGAAACCGUAAUUUUGAGGGUCGUGUUCAUCCCUUAACACGAGCCAACUAUCUUGCCUCUCCUCCUUUGGUGGUCGCCUACGCACUUGCUGGCACAGUUGAUAUUGAUUUUGAAAAAGAGCCCAUUGGAGUUGGGAAGGAUGGUAAGAAUGUUUAUUUCAGGGAUAUAUGGCCAUCAACGGAGGAAAUUGCAGAGGCUGUUCAAUCAAGUGUAUUGCCAGAUAUGUUUAAGAGUACCUAUAAAGCCAUUACUAAAGGUAACCCGAUGUGGAAUGAGUUGUCAAUCCCAGAAGCCAAAUUGUACUCGUGGGACCCAACCUCUACAUAUAUUCAUGAGCCACCAUAUUUCAAAGGCAUGACCAUGGACCCACCAGGGCCACAUGGUGUGAAGGAUGCCUAUUGCUUGUUGAAUUUCGGGGACAGUAUAACCACAGAUCACAUCUCACCUGCUGGAAACAUUCACAAGGACAGUCCGGCUGCCAAGUUCCUCCUGGAGCAUGGGGUGGAUCGCAAGGACUUCAACUCUUAUGGCAGUCGGCGUGGCAAUGAUGAAAUUAUGGCAAGGGGUACUUUCGCCAAUAUCCGUCUGGUAAACAAACUGCUGAAUGGAGAAGUUGGCCCCAAGACAAUUCAUAUCCCCACGGGCGAGAAACUCUAUGUGUUCGAUGCUGCUAUGAGAUACAAGUCUGCUGGGCAGGCUACCAUAAUAUUGGCUGGAGCAGAGUAUGGAAGUGGAAGUUCCAGAGAUUGGGCUGCCAAGGGACCAAUGUUGUUGGGAGUAAAAGCUGUGAUCGCCAAAAGCUUUGAGAGGAUACACCGGAGUAACUUGGUAGGGAUGGGUAUUAUUCCUUUAUGUUUCAAGGCUGGAGAGGAUGCCGAAACACUGGGAUUGACUGGGAAGGAGCGUUACUCUAUUGAUCUCCCCAGCAAUAUCAGUGACAUACGUCCUGGGCAGGAUGUGACUGUUCAAACUGACACUGGCAAAUCUUUCACCUGCACAGUGCGGUUUGAUACUGAGGUGGAGUUGGCAUAUUUCAAUCAUGGAGGUAUUCUGCCGUAUGUUAUUCGUCAGUUGACUAAGCAAUGAACGAGCUACCCUACCUACAUCUGUUGGAUCGAGAAGCUCAACCGGGGAAAAAAUAAAUUUGAUUAAUUGUCUCAAUUAUUGCUAAUAAAAUAAUAUUUCAUUCAGAUAAACGUUCCUUCUCGCAUGUAUGGUGCUGGACCACCAUAUGCUUGAGCAUACAUACAUAUAUAUAUUUGAAGGAUUUUGACAUUUUGUUGGGGAAAAAAAUACUAUUCAUGUAAUAGGAAAUUAGGAACGCGACAACAAUUUUUCCAACAUCUCCCUCGUAUGAUUGAAUGGUUUCAUUCUGUCAUUCUACUUACAUGAUACUUUGUAAUUUAUUCAUUAAAUUGAUUGCAACAGAUGAUAAUGAAAUCAAAAUUUGCUCAGAGUAAAACAUGAUAUUUCAAAAUAUAACAAUACAAUUUCAGGAUGAGAUCUUAUAUAUAUAUAUACUACCGCUACGUAUAAUUCAACCACAGCAGUCACGUCAGGUCUUAUUAAUAAGUGGUUGUAUACAAAAUGCUUACUCCGUAAUACACAAUCAAUAAUUAGUGGUUGUCCGUUAAGCGUUAAAGAAGCCUUUACAAGUCCUCCUGUAUACUUUCCAGAGCUGGUGUGGAUGUGAAAUCUACGCCGUUGGAAGGUGAAAAAGGUUCAUCAUCUGGAACCAUUCUUCUCCUCUUUAUACUCCCUAACCUGAUGAUGGUUUCAGACAGAAGAAGAGCAUCCUGGGAGGAGGAGAGCAAUGGUUCUCCUCCCUCCAAGAUUUGGCGUAACUCGUCCCGCUUCAUGACGACCGUAAUCCUCACACCCCCUUGUCUCCUUCUUUCUGCUUCUUCUUCGCAGUUGUCAAGCUUAAACCUGACUGUCUUUUUCUGUUUCCUCUCUUUCUGGGGCGGUUGUAUUCUGCUCAUGUCUUCUCUCGGAGUCUCGCUUAUCUUCUCCUGAAGUGCCUUUCUCACCAAGCAGUUUCCCAUGUGUAGACUGUAGACUGUAGUGGUAGAAGUACUACUAAACGUUCAAGAACAGAAUUUAAGCAAGCAACUAUUAAAAGCGUGUAUAUAUAGAUAGAUGGGAGGGGGGAAGACCGUGGACAGGAGGGAGGCUUAAUCUCAAAGUAACAAGAAUAAGGAGAAGUAUGUGAAUUCAUUGAUCUAUAUUCAGACCAAUUUAAGGGCGGCAAUUGUACGUUGCUUUUACUUUUGCAUCCAGCAAUCAAUGAUGAUUAAACCGCUCUAUGGGUUGGCAAUUUGGCUAUUGCCGUUGCAGCACCUUGGUUCAAACCAUUCUAUUGUACUAUAUUUAUAUUACGUGGUAUAUUUGUUUUAUUUUUAUCAUAAACAAGCAACUAUAUUAGUUUAGAAUAUCGUUGACCAAGUGACAUACAGUAAUUGAUGGAGGAGAAAACAAUCUUCCUUCGUCCUGACGCAGAACCUACUGCUUUUGGCCUUUUGCUAACGUAUGUGCAGUAUGGUUUGCAGAGCGUUUACAACGUGUAACUCUAAUAUUAACAUUAUGCUUAAGCAUCCACCUUGUAUCAUCUCAAUAAGCUCUAAUAGACUAAUAUAGUAAUGUUGAUUUUCCGGGUUCUGCAUAAGCUCCAUUAACUAUGACUCGUGCAUUCGUUUCAGC